UAACAUGUAUAAAUAUGACUCAAAUUACGAUUGAGUAUUUCAUUCGCAAAGAAUUAAGAUAAUGAAGAUUGUGUUUCGGGCGGUGGCAUGUGUGCUUUUAGGAACGUUGGUGCAUUCGGCACCCGUUGCCGAAGAUGUUCCUAAAGGACCUGGAUACUUAGAUAUAGACAAUGGCCAAGCAGAUUAUCAACGUGACAAGCGAUUGAAUAAUGCUUUCUAUGCUGUGUCACCGUGUGCUGCGGCCAGUGCAUCGAAUACACAAGUAGCAUCGUUUGUCCCUGACGCUACAUAUCAAAAUAACAUUGUCUCUACGCAUCCAAGAUAUUUCACCAGUGAUUAUGGACAUCCAGACUAUCCGGCGUAUUGGUACCGUGCUGAAGAUGCUUACAAAGAUGAUCGAGAAAUUAUGAGAUAUUCAGACUCGGAGUUUAUGAAUCAAACACCAAUGGGUAACAUGUUUAGAUCAGCUCCUUCCUACAUAGCUAUGAAUCAUGCUAAUAUGGGUGGUUUAAAUGGACAAAUGAUGAAUCCAGUUAGGACAGCUGUUUUUCAAAAUGCAAACGUCGAUGGCUGUAAUAUUCCGCUACUCUUCAGCUGUUCGCCGUCUAUAGUUACUGGUCGUAUAGUUAGUCCUGAAACAAAAUUUGGCUACGAUAAUCCAACUCCAGUGGCGGGAAAACCUACAGACCCUUACGGCAGUACUGGUCAUUACCUACACGGAAUCCACGGGGAACAGACAGCAAAGGAUCAUUCCAGUAUAUCAAGUUCAAUCAGUAGUAGUAAUGUUCAUAAUAGUAAAAUGUCUUGAUGGUAUAAGUUAUAAAUAUUUUUUAAGAAAUUUGUUUCAUAAAAUUGUGAGGAGUGUUUAUACAUUUAUAAAUAAAAAAAUUAAGUAACAUAUGA